AACAAGAAGAAAACUUUGAGUUUAUCAUUGUCUCUCUCACCGGCCAGACUUGGCACUUUGAAGCUACCACAUAUGAAGAAAGAGAUGCGUGGGUACAAGCCAUAGAGAGUCAGAUCUUGGCCAGUUUACAGUCAUGUGAGAGCAGCAAGAACAAGUCCCGCCUGACGAGCCAGAAUGAAGCCAUGGCCCUUCAGUCCAUAAGGAACAUCAGAGGCAAUUCCCACUGCGUGGACUGUGAAGCACAGAACCCUGACUGGGCCAGCCUGAAUCUGGGAGCGCUUAUCUGCAUCGAAUGCUCAGGUAUACACCGAAACCUUGGCACACACCUCUCCCGGGUCCGCUCUCUUGACCUGGAUGACUGGCCUAUAGAGCUCAUCAAGGUGAUGUCUUCUAUUGGGAACGAGCUGGCAAACAGCGUCUGGGAGGAGAGCAGCCAGGGCCAUAUGAAACCUUCUCCGGACUCCACAAGGGAAGAAAAAGAGCUCUGGAUACGUGCAAAAUACGAGCAGAAGCUCUUCCUUGCGCCACUGCAGUGCCUGGAGCUUUCUCUGGGCCAGCAUCUCCUGAGGGCUACAGCCGAGGAGGACUUGCGGACAGUCAUCCUGCUCCUCGCCCAUGGGACUCGGGAAGAGGUGAACGAGACCUGUGGAGACGGUGAUGGGCGCACUGCCCUGCACUUGGCAUGUAGGAAAGGAAACGUGGUGUUAGUGCAGCUCUUGAUUUGGUAUGGCGUUGACGUGAUGGCACGCGAUGCCCAUGGAAACACGGCAUUGGCCUAUGCCCGGCAGGCUUCCAGCCAGGAAUGCAUUGACGUUCUCCUCCAGUAUGGCUGCCCCGAUGAGCGCUUCGUCCUCAUGGCCACUCCAAACUUGUCCAGGAAGAACAAUAACCGGAACAACAGCAGCGGAAGGAUGCCCACCAUCAUCUGAGGAGGAGCUCACUCGUGUAUUCGCUGACCUGAAUUACAUCCGCAGCCUCAUAUUCCUCCAUCCCCAUCACAGCUCUGCUCUGUGAGUCUGGUAACUCUCCUUUCCCCUUUUCCCUUUGGUACAUCCCUGUCCCAUCCGGAAACAGUGAGGGGAUGAGAAGGAGCAAAAGGGGCUGCAGAGAAAGCAGUCGUUUCAGUGGCAGCUCUCCAACGAUGGAAACAAGCAGGCGAGUGCAUGUGGGUUGAGCAGGACACGCUGCGCGUGGCACCGGGACCAUGGGAGAGCGGUCGUCCACGGGGGGGGAACCAGGCUCCCCAAGCGUGGAGGGAAGGGGCGGAGGGAGAGGCGAGCGAGAGGAGAAGGAAGGAGAGAUGGUGACUUUCUGUAACUGACAGUUAAGCACAUCAGUACAUUUCACCUCUACCAAACGCGACGCCUGGAUUUCAUUCUCUUCUCUGAAGAGCUUGACGGCAUAAAUCAGAAGCAAGCACAGAGUUUGUCAGGUUUGAAGCUCCUAUGAUGGUAUGUGUCAAAUCAGUUGUAGCUAAUCUGUCCGGGGAGAAUACUGGCUUCAUUACACUUGUAUAGUUGAGUUCUUCCAGCAUUACCGCUGUUUAAUAGAACAUGAUUAGUCAUCACGGAGAAAAAAGCAUAUUAGCUGAGGAGGUAGUUACAUGGCACGCUUCGGUGAUUGCUUGGAUGUGAUUGCAAUAUUCUUAGAAGCAUCAUAUUAUCUCAGACAUGUUCUUUCAAGCCCUUGGAGCCCUCCUUUCUAAAUUCACUGUCAUAAUUUAGUAUCUGUUUAAUUUUUCAGUCCAAAGAGAGGAAAUGAGUUGCUGAGUGUUAUUUGACUGCAGUCUCCUCGGUGUAAAAACAAAAUGGAAAAAAUAAAUAAGAGUAACUCUGAAACACAAAAAGGAAUAAUGAACACCGCUAAGGAAAACCAUUGCAAGUACGUUUAGUGGAAUUAAUACACACAUUAAAGGCUAGUAUUUUUUUCAGCCAGCAGAAAUAGGUUCUGUCAUUUUGCCAAGGUAAAUGUGUUGAGUUUUUGGUCACUCCUGUGAUGCAUUGCCUAACUUAUACAGAUUUUUGUAUUGUGUCUCUAGAUGAUAUGUAUGUAAAAUCUAUUUGAAUAAAAAAAAAAUAAUCUGCAUUGAUUAUUUUUUUGUUGUUGUACAGAAAAUGACAUCUCUGUUAAUUUAUAAACUGUAAUGAAUGUGAGCUAAAUAAUGUGCAACUAGUUAGGGUCUGUGCAUUGCAGAUCAUUGUACAUUGACAGUACUCCCAGCAGUGAACUCUUGUUUCCAUCGCCAUGC